GUGAUCAGGCUCUCCCAACUCAUAGAUGCCUGGGCUACCCCUCAUUCCAAACAUAUCUCACUUCUUCGCUGUGAAGCUCAUGGUGGCCUUCUCGUUACCUGUAGGUGAGCUGCCCUUAUAAGUGUCACCAUCCUCCAACCAUGCGUCUGAUCAAUACGGCAACACUGGAGCUCGAGGAGUUUGACCGUGUCCGCACCCCACUGUACGCCAUUCUUUCCCACACCUGGGAGGACGGAGAAGUGUCGUUCCAAGAAUGGAGCCACCGUGAGACUAGGACAGGAAAGAAAGGCUUUCUCAAGAUCGAAUCGUUCUGUCGGCUGGCCUCGCGGUACGGGUACACCCACGCUUGGGUAGACACCAAUUGCAUCGACAAACGCAGCUCUGCCGAGUUGUCUGAGGCUAUCAACUCCAUGUUUGCCUGGUACAAAGGAGCAGCUAUUUGUUACGUUUAUAUGGCUGACGUAUCAGCCUCUAAGGAGAAUCGCGCCCUGGACAGUCAAUUCCUGAACAGCAAAUGGUUUACUCGUGGCUGGACUUUGCAAGAGCUUAUUGCACCCCGCCGUAUCAACUUCUACGCUCAGGAUUGGAGGCUCAUUGGAACAAAGCAGAGUUUGCUUGACGCCAUACACAGAGCAACCGCAAUUGAUAUAAAGUGUCUUUUAGGUGACACAGCCCCUUCCGAGUUCAGUAUUGCCAAAAUCAUGUCUUGGGCCGCUGGCCGUGUUACAACUCGCCUCGAAGACCAAGCAUAUUGUCUCCUCGGUCUCUUCGAUGUCAACAUGCCGCUUAUCUACGGGGAGGGCGACAAGGCUUUCCAGAGGCUGCAGCAGGAGAUAAUCAGGAUCUCCGAUGAUCAGAGCGUCUUUGUCUGCGACAUACCGAGCCUGUCCAUGACGGCACCCUUGGCUCCGUCUCCUUCGCUCUUCUCCAAGUCAGCAAAUGUCAGGUCCUGGUCCCGUCUGGCAGCUCCAACGGCAACGAUACCACCGUUUCACACAGUGACCAAUGCCGGUCUUUCAAUAUCUUUACCACUAAUUCAAACUUUGUCACCUGAAUUCGUUCUGGGCGUUUUGAGUUGCACCACAGUUGAGGAGUAUCCCAGGAGCUCCGUUUGCCUACCUUUGUCAUCUCACAUCAGCGACUACCGGCACCAGUAUACUCGAGUAUCCCUGCCUGCCCCGUGGAUAUCGCUCAAUUCAACUUCGAUAAAGUCCCUCCUUCCAUGGCAUGAAGAAAACGCCUCGCAGCCUGAUUGGUUUUCAGAAUUCAUACCCGAAAAAUCAACGAACAUCGUAAUCUCCAUGCUUUGCCAGGCGGACCGUGACUCCCUCUCAAUACGGGUCUUUAAGCCUCUCCAGAAGCUGGGAGGAAAGCUUACCAAGGUCUCUUGCUUCGUCACAUUCCCGCGUGGCUUCUCCGACUAUCGUCUUUACGCGGCAGACCCCCCCGAGGCGCUGGAUGAAGAAACGAGUAUAAUGGCCAUGCUUGAUCAGAAAUUCACCGAUAGAAAGGGUUGCGGCCUGCUUGUCUUCAAAAAUAGGUCCCUCGAACGCGGCAACGGUAGAUACGUUGGUAUCUAUCUCGAAGCGGCAUUGGAACACAACGGCACUUUGCAAGACUGGCCUCGAGCAUGUCGCGUGUUUCCGAAUUGGAAUAAACGAGACGGCCUUGAUGUCGCUACCCAGCACGGCGAAAGUUUUCCGCCCAGUCGCGCAAGCUGGGUUGAAAAUGUCUUAGUAACAACCAGGACUGCGAUACCGGUCAAACCGAAUCAUUUGUUAUCAGCGACUAUCGCGUUGAUGGUGGAAAUCGUCUUUGACACGGACUACAUUCGAAGGCCACUCAUGAACGAAUCGAAUCGUCGUUUUGCGACUCCUCGUUUUGCGGCUCAGAGGGCUCCAACCGGGAUCGCCUAAUUUUCAGGGACUCGAGCGAGUCUGGCCGCCGCAACCCUCUCUUGAAAUUAACAUUAGAGCAAAGGUCACGGAACCUGUCAAUGAACCUUGACUAGACUUAAAUCUUAUCAUCACCUUUCAGAAGGCAAAAUCAAUGUAAGAAUCAAGUUCGAUUGAACAGAACAAACUAUGCAGCGCAGCUGCUCCGGCAGCUCAGCUAACCAUUCUGUCUCCGCCUAUCAAUACACUGCACCAAAAGAAACUCGC